UCUGGGGUUGUAGCGAUGUCUAGAGUCUUGUUUCUCUCUCCUAGUUCUGACUCUGGGGAGGAGAGACGCAGCUGGAAAAAGAAGAAAAGCAAGAGCAGAGACCAGCACCACAAAAGCCAAAAGAAACAUGGCUCUCGGUCGCGAGAUCGUCCCUCCAGUUCAGACUCAGAAGGCGAGAGGGAAAAGAGGAGAGGUCGCAGCAGAGACAGGAGAAGGAAGAGAUCCAGCUCCAGGUCUUCGGUGUCCUCUGUCACAUCUCCCUCUCCCUCGCGUUCCCAGAGCUCCAGGGAGGACUCGGGGCAGCAGCUGAGUGUUAAGGAGCGUCUGAGGUUGAAGGAUGAAAAGAAGCAACAGGCUGCACUGAUGAAAGCUUUGGAGACGCCUGAGGAAAAGAGGGCCCGGCGGCUGGCGAAGAAGGAGGCCAAGGAGAGGAAAAAACGUGAGAAGAUGGGAUGGGGCGAGGAGUACAUGGGUUACACCAACACCGACAACCCCUUUGGGGACAACAACCUUCUAGGCACCUUCAUCUGGAGCAAGGCCCUGGAGAAGAAAGGGAUCAGCCACCUGGAAGAGAAGGAGCUGAAGGAGAGAAACAAACAAAUCCAGGAGGAUAAUCGCCUGGAACUGCAGAAGGUGAAGCAGCUGCGCUUGGAGCGGGAGCGGGAAAAGGCGAUGCGUGAGCAGGAGCUGGAGAUGCUGCAACGGGAGAAGGAGGCAGAGCACUUCAAAACCUGGGAGGAGCAAGAGGACAACUUCCACCUCCAGCAGGCCAAGCUGCGAUCAAAGAUCCGGAUCCGGGAUGGCCGUGCCAAGCCUAUCGACCUGCUGGCCAAGUACAUCAGUGCAGAGGACGAUGACCUAGCAGUGGAGAUGCAUGAGCCUUACACUUUCCUGAAUGGCCUGACGGUAUCUGACAUGGAGGAUCUUUUAGAGGAUAUCCAGGUUUACAUGGAGCUGGAGCAAGGCAAGAAUGUGGAUUUCUGGAGGGACAUGACCAUCAUCACUGAGGAUGAGAUCUCCAAGCUGCGGAAACUGGAGGCUUCUGGGAAGGGACCAGGAGAGCGUCGAGAAGGAGUCAAUGCCUCUGUCAGCUCAGAUGUGCAGUCUGUGUUCAAGGGGAAGACGUACAACCAGCUGCAAGCUCUCUACCAAGGCAUUGAGGGCAAGAUCCGGGCAGGCGGGCCCAACCUAGACAUUGGCUACUGGGAAAGUCUGUUGCAGCAGCUCAAGGCGUAUAUGGCCCGGGCCAGGCUGCGGGAGAGACACCAGGAUGUGCUGCGCCAGAAACUGUACAAGCUGAAGCAGGAGCAGGGUGUGGAGAGUGAGCCACUCUUCCCCAUCCUCAAGAAGGACCCGUCUUCCCCCAGUGACAGGCCUGACCCAGAAGAGAGCACCUCAGUGCAGCCUGGCCCCUCCUCAGAGCCUGGGGAAGAGGCUGAGACGGAGGCCAAGGGGGAUGGGGAAGGGGAAGCAGUGCUCAUGGAGGAGGACCUGAUCCAGCAGAGUCUGGAUGACUACGAUGCCGGAAAGUACAGCCCCAGGCUGCUGGGCUCCAAUGAGCUGCCCUUCGAUGCCCAUGUUAUAGAGGCAGAGGAGGACCUUCAGCGCCUGCUGCUUCUGAGGCAGCAGCUCCAGGUCACAGGAGAUGCCACCGAGAGCGCGGAGGAUAUCUUUUUCCGCAAGGCCAAGGAGGGCAUGGGUGCUGACGAGGCCCAGUUUAGUGUGGAGAUGCCCCUGACAGGCAAGGCCUACCUGUGGGCUGACAAGUACCGGCCCCGCAAACCCCGCUUCUUCAACCGGGUACACACAGGCUUUGAGUGGAACAAGUACAACCAGACUCACUAUGACUUUGACAACCCCCCUCCAAAGAUUGUCCAGGGCUACAAGUUCAACAUCUUCUACCCUGACCUGAUUGACAAGCGCUCUACGCCGGAGUACUUCUUAGAGGCCUGCCAGGACAACAAGGACUUUGCCAUCCUGCGCUUUCAUGCCGGGCCCCCCUACGAGGACAUUGCCUUCAAGAUCGUCAACCGCGAGUGGGAGUACUCCCACCGCCAUGGCUUCCGCUGCCAGUUUGCCAACGGCAUUUUCCAACUCUGGUUCCACUUCAAGCGCUACCGCUACCGCAGAUGAAGGGGCUAAGCUGGGCACUUGGCCAGGCUCUCCCUGUUGCUGCUGGACCCUAUGGGGCAGGGAGUACAGAGCCCCUAGCCAAUCCUUUCUCUGGUGUCUCUUGCACCAAGGGGUGCCAUUUCCCCGCCUUUUGUCUCUGCCCUGUGCCACUUGGACAUUCCCCACUGCCUGGCCCUGAGGCUGGGCUCUAGUGGAUCAGUAUGGUAUAUCUCUCUGGGGACAGGGGUCCUUUUCUCCCCCUUGGGAGGAAGUUUUAAGGGGUUCUAGUGUGAGAUCUUGGGAUGGGUGAGUCUGGAGUGACUCAUCCAGCAAAUUAAACCUCUGUUCUCUGAAA